CCUUCACGGCGUGGUGCAACUCCCACCUGCGGAAGGCCGGCACGCAGAUCGAGAACAUCGACGAGGAUUUCCGCGACGGCCUCAAGCUCAUGCUGCUGCUGGAGGUGAUUUCAGGGGAGCGGCUGCCGAAGCCGGAGCGGGGCAAGAUGCGGGUGCACAAGAUCAACAACGUGAACAAAGCCCUCGACUUCAUCGCCAGCAAGGGCGUCAAGCUGGUCUCCAUCGGGGCUGAAGAAAUCGUGGACGGCAACGCGAAGAUGACGCUGGGCAUGAUCUGGACCAUCAUCCUGCGCUUCGCCAUCCAGGACAUCUCUGUGGAAGAGACCUCUGCCAAGGAGGGCUUGCUGCUGUGGUGCCAGAGGAAGACGGCCCCCUACAAGAACGUCAACGUGCAGAACUUCCACAUCAGCUGGAAGGACGGCCUCGCCUUCAACGCCUUGAUCCACAGACACAGGCCGGAGCUCAUCGAGUACGACAAGCUCAGGAAGGACGACCCCGUGACGAACCUGAACAACGCCUUCGAGGUGGCGGAGAAGUACCUGGACAUCCCCAAGAUGCUGGACGCCGAGGACAUUGUCAACACAGCUCGCCCCGACGAGAAGGCCAUCAUGACCUAUGUGUCCAGCUUCUACCAUGCCUUUUCGGGGGCGCAGAAGGCCGAGACGGCGGCGAACCGCAUCUGCAAGGUGCUGGCCGUCAACCAGGAGAACGAGCACCUGAUGGAGGACUACGAGAAACUCGCCUCCGAUCUGCUGGAGUGGAUCCGGCGCACCAUCCCCUGGCUGGAGGACCGCAGCCCGCAGAAAACCAUCCAGGAGAUGCAGCAGAAGCUGGAGGACUUCCGCGACUACCGGCGCGUGCACAAGCCCCCCAAGGUGCAGGAGAAGUGCCAGCUGGAGAUCAACUUCAACACGCUGCAGACCAAGCUGCGCCUCAGCAACCGGCCCGCCUUCAUGCCCUCCGAGGGGAGGAUGGUGUCGGACAUCAAUAACGGCUGGCAGCACCUGGAGCAGGCCGAGAAGGGCUACGAGGAGUGGCUGCUCAACGAGAUCCGGCGCCUGGAGCGCCUCGACCACCUGGCUGAGAAGUUCCGCCAGAAGGCCUCCAUCCACGAGGCCUGGACCGAAGGCAAGGAGGCGAUGCUGAAGCAGAAGGACUACGAGAGCGCCACGCUGUCCGACAUCAAGGCCCUCAUCAGGAAGCACGAGGCCUUCGAGAGCGACCUGGCGGCGCACCAGGACCGCGUGGAGCAGAUCGCGGCCAUCGCGCAGGAGCUCAACGAGCUGGAUUACUACGACUCGCCCAGCGUCAACGCGCGGUGCCAGAAGAUCUGCGACCAGUGGGACGUGCUGGGCUCCCUGACCCACAGCAGGAGGGAGGCUCUGGAGAAAACGGAGAAGCAGCUGGAGACGAUCGACGAGCUGCACCUCGAGUACGCCAAGAGGGCGGCUCCCUUCAACAACUGGAUGGAGAGCGCCAUGGAGGACCUGCAGGACAUGUUCAUCGUCCACACCAUCGAGGAGAUCGAGGGCCUCAUCGCCGCGCACGACCAGUUCAAGUCCACCCUGCCCGACGCCGACAAGGAGCGCGAGGCCAUCCUGGGCAUCCAGCGGGAGGCGCAGCGCAUCGCCGACUUCAACAGCAUCAAGCUGGGGGGGAACAACCCCUACACCUCGGUCACCCCACAGAUCAUCAACUCCAAGUGGGAGCGGGUCCAGCAGCUGGUGCCCAAGCGGGACCACGCCUUGCUCGACGAGCAGAGCAAGCAGCAGUCCAACGAGCACCUACGGCGGCAGUUCGCCAGCCAGGCCAACAUCGUGGGGCCCUGGAUCCAGACCAAGAUGGAGGAGAUCGGGCGCAUCUCCAUCGAGAUGAACGGCACGCUGGAGGACCAGCUGAACCACCUGAAGCAGUACGAGCAGAGCAUCGUGGACUACAAGCCCAACAUCGACCUGCUGGAGCAGCAGCACCAGCUCAUCCAGGAGGCGCUGAUCUUCGACAACAAGCACACCAACUACACCAUGGAGCACAUCCGUGUGGGCUGGGAGCAGCUCCUCACCACCAUCGCCCGCACCAUCAACGAGGUGGAGAACCAGAUCCUGACCCGCGACGCCAAGGGCAUCAGCCAGGAGCAGAUGCAGGAGUUCCGGGCGUCCUUCAACCACUUUGACAAGGACCACGGCGGUGCCCUGGGACCGGAGGAGUUCAAAGCCUGCCUCAUCAGCCUGGGCUACGACGUGGAGAACGACAGACAGGGCGACGCCGAGUUCAACCGCAUCAUGAGCCUCGUGGACCCCAACGGCAGCGGCAUCGUCACCUUCCAGGCCUUCAUCGACUUCAUGUCCCGCGAGACGACCGACACCGACACGGCCGACCAGGUCAUCGCCUCCUUCAAGGUCCUGGCCGGCGACAAGAACUACAUCACGGCCGAGGAGCUGCGGCGCGAGCUGCCCCCCGAGCAGGCCGAGUACUGCAUCGCCCGCAUGGCGCCGUACCGGGGUCCCGACGCCGCGCCGGGCGCCCUGGACUACAAAUCCUUCUCCACCGCGCUCUACGGCGAGAGCGACCUCUGAGGCCGCCGCGGCAGCACCAAGCGCGGGCGCUUUGUCCCCACCUCUGCGCCCCCCCCUGCCCCCCGGGGGGGGACACACACGAAGCCGCGGCCGCCCCCGGGGGGGGGAGCCGGUUAUUGCAUAUUAUACCGCCCACGUUACCUAUGCAAUGAUUUAUUUUUGUUUAAUUUUAUUUUUUUUCCCACUUUUCGCUCUGUGGGGAGGGAGGGGGGCGCUCGCCCUUCAGGCGCUUGGGGGUUCUCGAGGGGGGGCAGCGGGGAGCCUCGAAGCACCCAGCAGCUGACAUCGUUAUUUUUUUUUUUAAUAUACCCCUUUCUGGUGUUUUCUUUCAACUGGCCCAGGGCCCUCUGCUGUCCCCCCCCCCCCGUAGGAAGCGGAGCCCCCCCCCUCCUGCCCUGCCUCUCUUUAAUUUAUGCCUCUGUCGAGCAGAAAUCCCCCCCCCUGCACCAGCCGCCCUUCGCCACGUGCUUCCUCCCGCAUCCAGGUUCCCCCCCCCCGGCUUCCCCUUGCCCUCUGUUCGAAUUCCUCCGAAUUCUUCCGAAUUCCUGUUCUGCAGAGCGGCAGCGGAGCCCCUGGGGGCUGCUCCUUCCGCUCCCCCCCCCAGCAAACCCUCCCGGGACACGGCGGGGCACGGAGGCAGCGCCAGUCGUCGUCCCCCCCCCUUCACCCCCUCCCCGCACCCUCCAGCCUUGGAGCAGGUUUUUCUGAGGACCAAAAAUUUAAAAAAAAAAAAACACAAAAAAAUUAAAAAACCACACCACCCACACAGAAGCCUGAUCUUUUAAAAUUUAAAUGAAAUCAAGAAGGUUCCUAUUUACUUUAUUAACUGACGGAUUUAUUAUAUAAAUAUAUAUUCACCUCGCAGCAUUAUACUACCGGUUUUCUUUUGUCAUGUAAUUAAAGUAUUGCUGAGACCUGG